AUGAAUAUUUUGGAAAAAGUCAAGGACAGCGUCAACAGUGCCUAUGAUGCGGUCACAGGAGCCGCCGUUGGAGCAAAGGAUGAGGUCAGUAACGCCUACGAUACUGCCACAGACAAAGCUGUAGCUGCUAAGGAUGGAGUUGUUGGAGCUGUCAGCGAUACCUAUGAUGCCGCCACAGACAAAGCCGUUGCUGCCAAGGAUGGAGUUGUUGGAGCGGUCAAUACCGCUGGAGACAAAGUUGUUGGAGCCUACGAGGGCACCAAACAAUACGUGUCCGAUACAGUUGUGGCUGCUGGCGACUACGCGUCUGACGCCGGAAAGAAGGUCGGAGAGAUCGAGGAUCAUAUCAUGGAGAGAACUCAGAAUGCAUUCCACGCCGCGGAAGAUACUGCUGCGAGUGCUGGACACAAAGUCGCUGAUACGUUAACCUCGAUCAAGGACUCUAUUGUUGGAGAUAACACUCAUAAGACUGGCGAGGCACUCAAUGAGGAUGCCAAGGAGAAUAUGGAUGCUGCUAAGGAGCACGCUUCGGAUGCAGCUGACACAGCUAAGGAAGGAGUUAAAGACACUGCUUCUGCUAUCAACAAUGCAUUUGAAUCGCUGACUGAAUCCGUCGCUGACGAUUCUGCUCAUAAGACUGGAGUUGCUUUCAGUGAUGGCGCUAAGAAGGAAGAGGCUAAAGAACAUGUUGAAUCAGCAAAGGAUGCUGCUUCAGACGCUGCUAUCGAAGUUAAGCACGAUGUCAAGGAUACUGCUUCGGCUAUUAAUAACGCAUUCGAUUCUAUGAAGAAUGAUGAUGUGGCUCCACAGCAGAAGGAAGAAGAAGCUAAAGAGGAAGUGAAGGAGGAGGCCAAAGGAUACCUCGAGUCUGCCAAGGAGACUGCUGGUGAUGCUGUUGAGACUGUCAAGGAGCAAGCUUCGAAUGCAGGAAGCGCAAUCACCAAUGUUAUCAGCUCACUCGCCGAAUCUAUCACUGGUGAUACCACUCACAAAACUGGAGAAGCUUUCAAUGAUGCUAAAAAAGAGGCAGCAGAAUUCUCUGAAUCAGUCAAAGGGCACGCUGAAACUGCCCAAGAACAUGCAUCCAAUGCUGGAAGCACACUUUCUAACGUGCUCACUUCACUGAAAGAAUCCAUCGUUGGAGACACUACUCAUAAAACAGGAGAGGUUCUGCAGGAUGAGACCGAGGCUCUACAAAGCAAUGUGGAUGAGAAGUACACGGCUGUGAAUGUUGCGCCACUUGGAGAUGCUGGAAAAGAGAAAGUAGAGGAAAUCAUGCAUGGAGACGCUCCUUCAUACGCAGAAGCUGUCAAAGAACAUCUCGAUGAGACUGCUGACUCAGCCAAAGAGAAGGCGGAAGAGACCGGAAGUAAGGUUUCUGAUGCACUGACCUCGGUGGCCCAAUCAAUCUCUGAUGACACCACUCACAAGACAGGUGGAGCUUUGAAUGAGGCAGCUGACACAGCCAAAGAUACUUUGGAAUCUGCCAAGAACAAGGCUUCGGAUGUUGUCGACUCGGUAAAAGAAAGGGCUAGUGAGGGUACCAAUUCUGUCGAGGAGCAGUUUGUCUUCGGAAAAGAAGCUGCAAAGGAGAAGGCAGAAGAAGUUGUGGAUACUGCAAAAGAAGCCGUUGCUUCGUCCGACACUCCAUUUACUGACGAUAUUGCUCAUCAAACAGGAGCCGCUCUCAAUGCGGAUAGAGCCACUGCAGCGGAGAAGGAAGUCGAUGAGAAUCUCCAAAAGAACAUUGACGUCGCAAAGGAGACAGUUGUAACAUUUGCCAAUGCUGCCGCUGAGAAUGCAGAGGCAUCUGCAGAAGACGUCCAAAAAAAUGUGGAAGAGGCUGAAGGUAAACUGUCUUCUGCUCUCCACUCAAUCACUGAUUCAAUUACGGGAGAUUCGGCUCACAAGACUGGAGAAGCAUUGAAUGAGGACUCUCUUCAGGAUAAGGGUGCUUCAUACGCCGAAGUAGUGAAAGAGAAUGCUGAGGCUGCUGCUGACACCACCAAGGAAGGAGCUCAGGAAGCUGGAAAUAAAAUUGGUGAGGCAUUCGAAGCAAUGAAGAAUUCGUCUGUUGGUGAAGCUGUUGGAGAUGCUGUGGAAGCAACCAAGGAAAAGGCAUCAGAUGUUAUGGAAGCAACUAAUGAAAAAGCAAAGGAUGCUGCUGACGCUGCCAAAGAAGCUGUCUCACCAUCAGCUGCGCCAUACAGCGAUGAUAUUGCUCAUAAGACUGGAGAAGCUCUCAAUGAUGAUAGCAGUGUUGUGAAGGAGAAGGCUGACGAUUUUGUCGACGUUGCCAAGGAGAUUUCUAGCGACGUAUCGGAGAAGGCUGAAGAGAAGAAGGAUCAGGUCAAGGAGAUGGCUGCUCAGGUUAUCGACUCGUUCACUGCUCAUGCUUCGGAUGCCAAGAAGGAGGAGUAA